AUGUGAACGAGUAAGAGUUCCUCCAUGUGGAGAACCUUUGCCUACAGGUUCGUCUUCUCUUCCUCCGUCAUGCGAUGGCUUCCAACCCCAGGCCUUCUCUCGUCGCGGAAAUCGGACCCGAUGGCAUUGUCAGAGAGUCUCCCGUCAUUGCUUACACGGAGAAGGUAAUCGCGGAGGAGCAGCUACAGUUGAAGAGAUACAUCCAAGAGAAUUAUUCAAAAAUAAGAGAUGUUGAAAGAGAGCUUGAGAAUCUUACACUGGAGGUGAAACUUACAGCUGGACCCAAGAAAGCUGCUCUUGAACAUAUGCGAAAAAAAAUAGAAUUAGCAAAUGAAAGGUUACGAGCUGCCAAGUUGAAGGAGGAAAAUGCAAAAAGGGCAUGGGAAGCAGCAGUUCAGGUUGUGAAGGAUGAAGAAGCUGCAAAGCAGAUACUUUGUGAUGACCUAAAUAAACUGGUACAGGAAAGUGCCAACACUCAAUAUUCACGUUUGGAGGAGCUGAAAAGGAGACUAGAAGCUCUUAAUCCUAGCAGGGUUUCUAGUAAUUUUUCGGAUGGCAAACAAGUGCAGCCAUCUCACAGCAAUGCAACAGCUCCACAAAAGGAGGCACAGCUAGCUGCAGAUUCAGCCGGUAGUAAAAGCACUGAAUUGGCAUCAGAUGGUAAGAACCAGCAACAUGAAGUUGAAGUGAGGGAAAAGAAGCCAACAGCAAAUCCUGCAAGAGGGAAGAAAAACAUCAUUCUGAAGAGCAGAGCAGCUUCAGAUUCUGGUUGGACCGGAGCUGGUUUUGAUGCUUGACCUCCCCUGCCACGAGCGGUAUUCUGCUGCCUUCUUUAAUUUAGUUUAUUUUAAUUUUUUGACUUCAUUUAAUUCAUCAUAACAUUGUGAAGGUGAUGUAUUUGAUUUUUCUAGCUACACUAGUUACAGCUUUACAGGCUUAGGAUGAAAUCUUCUUGGGGCACCUACAUGCAUACCACUCAAUACCUAUGUAUUCACAUUUCUAACACCUAAAUUUUACUUAUUACAUUUC